GUUAUGACGGUAACACGCGGAAACUGUUUACGUUAGCGGCUAGUGGUUGUCGAUAAUUUAGCCACGGUUUGUCCGUUUUAGCGUUAUUAACAGGUUAUUAAUCGACAAUUAGCGGGUGUUUUAUGGUUAGUAUUGCUGCUCAGAAUGGGGAAAGCGGAUUUUCUCUCCCCAAAGGCGAUAGGCAACCGGAUAAAAUCCAAAGGUCUCCAAAAGUUGAGAUGGUAUUGCCAGAUGUGUCAGAAACAAUGCCGAGAUGAGAAUGGCUUCAAAUGCCACUGCAUGUCCGAGUCCCACCAGAGGCAGCUUCUGCUGGCCUCAGAAGACCCAAACAAAUUCAUGGACUACUUCUCCGAUGAGUUCAAAAACGAAUUCCUGGAGCUGUUAAGGAGACGUUUUGGGACCAAGCGAGUGCACAACAACAUCAUCUACAAUGAAUACAUCAACGACAGAGAGCACGUUCACAUGAACUCCACACAGUGGGAGACUCUCACUGACUUCACCAAGUGGGUGGGCAGAGAAGGUUUCUGCAAGGUGGACGAGACUCCCAAAGGCUGGUACAUCCAGUACAUCGACCGCGACCCGGAGACCAUCCGCCGACAAGAGGAGCAGGCGAGGAAGAAAAAGCAGGACCUGGACGACGAAGAGAGGAGCGCCAAGUUCAUCGAGGAGCAGGUCCGCAGAGGCCGGGGCGACAAGGAGGAAGAGGAAACCCCAGUUUUCACAGAGCUGAAACGUGAGAGUGAAGAAGAAAAAGUUGCUUUCAACCUGGGCGCUUCCUCAUCUGUAGCCGGUCCUUCUAAAUCAAGUUCUGCUCUGGGUGCGAGUGCCCUCAAAGCAGCCGCAUCAUCGUCAGCCAAGAGAAAAGACACGAGUGCAGACACCAGAGGGGAGAAGAAGAAGAAAUCUGCUCUGGAGGAGAUUAUGGAGAUGGAGGAGAAGAAGAAGAAGAAGCAGUCGGUCAGAUUGGAUUUCUGGCUGCAGCCAAACAUCGUGGUCAAAGUCGUCACAAAGAGACUUGGAGAGAAGUACCACAAGAAGAAGGCGAUCAUCAUGGAGGUACGAGAGAAAUAUGGAGCCGUUGUUAAGAUGAUCGACUCCGGAGACAAGCUGAAAUUGGACCAGAAUCACGUGGAGACGGUCAUACCUGCACCAGGUAAACAGGUUCUGAUCCUGAACGGGCCGCACAGAGAGAGGGAGGCUCUGCUGGAGGGGAUCGACGAGAAGAACUUCAGCGCCACGCUCACAAUCGCAACUGGUCUUCAGAAGGGGAAGACGGUGAGCGUCGCCUACGAGGAUUUCUCUAAACUGGCCUGAACCAACAACCUGUCUGCUCUAAACUCAGGGACUCUACUUAGUCAAAGUUAUUUCCCCAACAUACACCUGUAUAUACACACACACACACAUCAUCACAGAGAAACUCAGAGCAAUUUGUUUUUUAUUUUGUAUCGGGUGUUCAAGUUGAUCUUAGCAUUGCAAAUGUACAUUUUGUCUUAAUAAAUUGAACAAAAAGUGA